GGCGUUCACAUUUUCACGUCUUAGCAUGGAUUUGAAUAUGAAACCUCCUAGAACCCUUUAUAAAGGACUUCCAAGGACUCAUCCUGUUAGUACACCCUACUGGGAUGAUAUAAGGAUGAAUUAAGUCCAGCAAGAGCUCUAAGCCCAGAGAAUGGAGAUGGAGACUGGAGGUGAAAUUGCUAUUGUGGGAAUAGCAUGCAACUUUCCUGGAGGUGAAGGAAUUGACAAUUUCUGGAAAGUCCUGGAGGAAGGCCUAAACUGCACAGUAGAAAUACCCCCAGAGAGGUUUGACACCAAAGAGUGGUAUGAUCCAGACAGUAACAAGCCAGGAAAAUCAUGCACAACACGCGCUGCUCUUCUCAAUGAAUUUAAUACAUUUGACAACCACCUGUUUGGAAUUAAUAACAUGGAAGCUGAAGCGAUGGAUCCGCAACAGAAGUUACUGGUAGAAUGCACAUACAAAGCACUGGAGGAUGCAGGAGUACCUGUUGAAGUCAUCAGUGGCACCAAAACAGGUGUUUUUAUUGGUCUUAUGAAUCGAGACUAUGAAAUCAUAACAAGCAGAUCAUCAGAAGAAAUAAAUCAUUAUGCUGGUACAGGAACAGCAAUGAGCAUAGCUGCUAACCGGGUGUCCUACACGUUUAAUCUGACGGGACCAUCACUGACAAUUGACACUGCCUGUUCAUCCUUUCUUUUUGCUCUACACUAUGCCUUGCGAGCAAUUAAAUCAGGAGAUUGUGAAGCAGCUAUUUGUGGUGGUGUAAACUGCAUAAUAGAGCCCUGCACCUUUGUAUCUCUCAGUAAAGCAAAAAUGAUCUCUCCGGAGGGAAUAAGUAAACCCUUCUCUAAAAAGGCAGAUGGCUAUGGAAGGGGAGAAGGCUGCGGUGUUGUUUUCCUCAAACCACUGAAAAAGGCAAUGGAAGACUUCAGCAAAAUCUGGGGUGUUAUAAAUAUCAGUGCAGUAAAUCAGAAUGGUAGGUCUAUAACUCCAAUCACAAGGCCAUCUCAAAUAGAGCAAGAGAACUUACUGCGCAGCAUUUAUGAAACUCAUGUCAACCCCUCCAUUGUGCAGUAUAUUGAAGCACACGGUACAGGAACUGCUGCUGGAGACCCUACUGAAGCUGCAAGCCUAGCUAGUGUCAUUUGUAAAAACAGAUCUUCACAAGUUCCCACUCUGAAAAUUGGUUCAGUGAAAGGAAAUAUUGGCCACACAGAAUCAGCUGCUGGAGCAGCAGGGUUAAUCAAAGUGCUUCUGAUGAUGCAUCACGGAAAGAUUGUUCCAUCUUUGCAUUACUCAAAGGAGAUGAGCAGCAUUGAUACAGAGAAGUUAAACCUUGCAGUUCCCACAAGUGUUGAGCCCUGGGAAGACUCCGGUGAGUACGGAAGGGUAGCUGGCAUCAACUGCUUUGGAUUUGGAGGAACCAAUGCCCACGUUGUAGUCAGGCAGGUUAAGCAGCCAGAGCCUCUUCCUGCCUUUAAGAGGCCACUGGAAUUAGUUCUGCUGUCUGCAGCAUCUACUAAGUCCCUUCAGAUGACAAUCGCCGAUACAGCUGACCAGCUGAGCACGAGAAACUCCAUAACUCUCCCAAGCCUGGCCUAUACGUCUGCCUGCAGAAGAAGCCAUGCCAACUACAGGUACCGAAAAGCAUUUGUCACAAACUCUCUCCAACACUUGCAGCAAGAGGUUAUGUCAGCAAGAAGCACUGAAUUUGCCAUGUCAAAGGUGGAGCCACAGCUGGUGUUUGUGUUCUGUGGCAAUGGUGUAACACUGAAGGAGUUCAGUGAGGCAAUGCUGAGCUCAGAGCCAGUGUUCAGGGACAAGUGUAAGGAAGUAGAAGCGCUCUUUCAGAAACACGCCCCCAUCAGCAUCCUGCCAGCAAAAGGCCGCAGCUCGAAGGAGUUAUUGAAUCCAGAACUCUCCCAGCCCAUGCUUUUCACCCUGCAGGUUGCCCUAGCUUCCCUUCUGAAGUACUGGGGCAUUAAGCCAGUAGCUGCUGUUGGCCACUCAGUGGGGGAAAUUGCAGCAGCGCAUUUUGCUGGCUACCUUUCCCUGGCAGAUGCUGUCAAAGUGAUUUAUCACCGGAGCAGGCUGCAGGCAAAGACUCCCAGUGGCAGGAUGUUGGUGGUUGGAAACAUCCCCGUUCAAGAGAUAGCUGAAUGUCUGCAUCCCUAUUCAGGAAAGGUGUGCAUUGCAGCUUUCAACAGCCCAAUUACGUGCACCUUGUCUGGAAAUCCGGACGCUGUGGAUGCGGUCCAGAAAGAUUUAGCUCAAACAUUCAGCCAAAGAAACAUCUUUCUUCAUGUUUUAAAUGUCCCAGCUGCCUACCAUAGCCCCAGCAUGGAUAUGAUACUUGGGGAGUUGGAAGAGACCAUACAGCCUUUAGAAAAACAGAAGGGGGAAAUUGAAGUAAUUUCAACGCUGACUGGGAUGGCUGCUUCUGCAAAUGACUUCAUUCAGGGCAAAUUCUGGGCCCGGCAUACUCGCGAGCCUGUUGCUUUCACUCAAGCCAUAGAAACUGCAGCUAGAGACAGGGAAAAUGUGGUGUUUGUGGAAAUAAGUCCUCACCGAGCAUUGCAGCGAAGCAUAAAAGAAACUCUAGGGAAAGCCACUCCUGUGUUCUCUUCUUUGCAGUCUGAUGUGGAGUAUCAGACACUCUUUAGCCUGGUAGGAAAUCUGUUUGAACUGGGAUAUAAUCCCAACUGGCAGCACUUUUAUAAUGGCUAUCAAAGUGUUCCAGUGGCCAUUCCACGGUACCAAUUUGAUCGUAAAAAAUUCACCUCUCCAGCUACCCGUCCACAAGCAAACCAAAGAAGUGUCAGCUCCAGUCAUCCUUUGAUUUAUGACAUGAACAGUGACAACACAGAAUUUGGCUGCCUGCUCUCUCAGGACACGACAUCCUACUUGUACGAGCAUAAGAACAACGGUGUGGCUUUAGUCCCUGGUGCUUUUUAUGUAGAGCUUGGUCUGUCCUGUGUGAUGAGCAGCUCAAGACCUAAAGCGCCUCUGAGUACUUGCCAGUUGAGUAUCAGCUUUUCAGCACCGUGUGUUCUCACACAGAAUUCCCAAGUCUUGAAUAUCAAGCUGAGUCCAGAUAACGUAGUGACAGCCUUUGAGAUACUCUCGUCCUCCAAUGCAGUUUAUGCUUCAGGCCAAGUUACAAAAAUGUCUGAUGCUGUUGUGGAAGAAAGCAGCAUCUCCUUCCAAGACGUCUAUCAGAGAUGCAGUUUAGUGAUUAGCACAGAGGAGGUUUAUGAAGCACUGUCUCAGGUUGGCUUUCAGUACGGCUCCAUAUUCAGGCAGCUCAGCGAUGUGCAUUAUUGCCAAGAACUAAAGGAAGCUAUAACAAGCAUAAAGGUGAACAAGGAGACUGUCCAAGAGAUGCACAGCUACUGUAUUCAUCCAGUGCUGCUAGACUGUUUUCUGCAGAUGACUGCUGUCAUGACCUCAAAGACGUUCCAGUCCAGAGCAGGCUUUCCAUCAGGGAUAGGCAGCCUGGUGGUGCUCCGACCACUGGAGGAAGAAAUGAUGAUUUAUAUGAGAACAAGUAAAUCCAUUGGGAACUGCUUAGAGGUCUGCGGAUGCUUCAUGGACAAACACGGCUCCGUUUUGGCUGAACUCAAACGUGUUGCCAUCACUUUCAUGAAGCAAGCAUCUUCCAGAGACAACGAGUUCAUGUUUGAAAACAAGUGGGUAGAAGUCACUUCUUCACAGGUGAUUGGACAUCUAGGUGCAACGCCCAAAGUCCUAGUGUUUGCUGACAAACUGGGGAUAGCUGAACAGCUCAAAAAAUACUUGCAUCCUGAUUCCAGAUAUGUUAUGUACGAGGACUGGGAAGCCCUCUUGGAAGUCCACAGAGAGAAUAAAAUGAAAGCCGAAGUCAAGGAUUAUGAUGAAAUUCUGUUCUUGUGGGGAAUUCAAAAGUUAAACGAAGAGUUCCCAAGCAAAAUGGUAGACCAACUGGCGAAGUGUUGUGAAGCCUAUCGCCAAGUUAUUGUGGCAUUAAGAGAGAAGAGGUCCCGCUGUUCAAUCAGAGUUAUCAGCUACAGAACGACAGAAAGAAAUGUAGACCACAUUAACUGUGCGUUUGCACUCUAUGGCAUGACCAGAACUUGUAUUGUUGAAGUUCCAGAAAUUACAUUUCAGCUAAUUGACCUCAGCUCUUCCAGCUCCCUGGACAUCUCAGCAUUAUCAGACAUUCUUAUCAAAUACAGAGGUGAGGAAUACCCAGAACUUUACAUCAGCCAAGGGAGAGUUUAUGUGACUGAAGUCAGGCGCACACCAUUUGUAGAUUCAGAUUACAGCCAACCUGUAAGGUCUCUCCAUAAUUCAGAAACGUUCACUUUGUACACUGCUGAUCCGUACACAGCCAAAGACUUGUCUGCUGAGUUGUCCACCAGCACUGCUACUCAGCUUGAAAAACAGAGCAUUGAAAUUCAAGUGGAUAAAGUGUGUCUCCACUCAGAAGAUUAUUUUCCUAUUAGCGUUUCUAGUCGGAACUUUGGUAAUACACUGUACUGGAAUUCCCAAGCAAUAGACAAACACAGACUUUUAGCUCUUGAUUUCAGUGGCACUGUAACAGCAAUAGGUGUUGAUGUGAAGAAAGUUAAAGUUGGAGAUCAAGUGGUUUCAUGUUAUCCAGCUGCUGCAUCAUCCAGAAUUCAGAUUCCAGGAACAGUUUGCUUCAAUGUAAAGAAAUUCCCUUGCUUUCAGAAUGUUCCUUGUGUGUCAUACUUUAUAAUUGCAUGGGAAAUCUUAAGUCAGAGGUUACCCAAGGGGAAACAUGGCAGAAUUUUGGGUAUUAUUUCGAAAGAGCCAUCGUCAGUUUUGUGCCAAGUUCUUUCUGCAGCAGCAGAAGAGAUGGGCUGGAAAGUAGUAUUUGCAAGGCCGUCUCCCAGUGAGUUCCAGUAUAUAAAUUCAUGUCAUGCCCUUGUUGUUCUUCCUCCAGUACAUAGACUGUCUCAGCAGGAUUUGGCCCACAUGAACUUUCUUAAAGAUGUGGUGGUAGUAUGUGGCAAUCAACAGUCUGAAUGUAUUCAGAAUGUCAGUGGAUUUGAUCAUGAAAAUAUCAGCUUUCACAUCCUCACACUUAGCAGCAUUUUCCAGAAAGCAUCUCUAAAGGAAUUGCAAAAGACUAUGCAUGCGUGGCUCAGUUCAAUAGAUAUGAAACGGUUUAAAUCUCUGCCAGCUUCUGUUUUUCAACAAAAGGAGAACUUUGAAAGUGUGCACUCUCUGGCCUCAUAUUUUACAUGCAAAUCUGUCCCACUUGCUGUACUGAGAAGGCAGAGGAACAUCACCAUGGUUUCAGAUAUACCGGUGUAUGAACCCCAGAAGAAGAUAUUUAAGCAGAAUGCUGUUUAUGUAGUAGCAGGGGGUCUCACUGGACUUGGCUUUGAAACUGUGAAAUUUAUUGCCAAGAAUGGAGGAGGGUGUAUUGCAAUACUUUCCAGGAAAAAUCCAAGUAAUGAGAAGCAAGAAGAGAUGAAGGCUUUGCAGCAGCAGUAUGAAGGGAGCAAAAUAGUGUUUGUGCAGUGUGAUAUUACUUCAGCCAAUGAAGUUGAGAAAGCUUUCCAGUCCAUUGUAAAACUAUUUGUAGGCAGUCCAAUCAAAGGUGUCUUUCAAAGUGCUGUGGUUUUACACGAUGGUCGGCUUGAAGUUCUGAAGCUGGCUGACUUUCAGAAAGUUCUGAGCCCAAAAGUGGCAGGGACCGUAAAUCUUCACUGGGCUACCAAAGGCCAUGAGCUUGACUACUUUGUGUGCUACUCCUCUGUUACUUCCUUUCUGGGAAAUGCCACGCAGGCAAACUAUGCAGCUGCAAACUCUUUCCUAGAUGUCUUCUGCCUCUACAGGAGGAACUGUGGGCUUUCAGGCCAAUCCAUUAACUGGGGUGCUUUGAACCUCGGCAUAUUGUUCAAUCAAGACCAGAUUCAGAACAUUCUGGCAUCCAAGGGCAUAGAUGUCCUCCAAGUGCAUGAAAUUCAUGAGUAUCUCAGGAAGAGCUUACUUACAAAUAACCCACAGCAAGCUGUUGUCAAGUUCAAUUUUCAAACUUUAUUUAAUCACGUUUUUACUCGGAUUUUAUCACUCAAUAAUCGCUUCAGGUCACUUAGGUCAGAAGAAUUCAGGAACAAGCCUGAAAUAUCUGUGAAAACUCAAGACCAAGGUCCUGCUUUAGUCAAGUCUGAAGACUAUAUUACCUCACUGGUGAGUGAGCUCACUGGAUUGACCCCAGACGAACUAACCAUGAAUACACUUCUUUCAUCAUUAGGCAUAGACUCUAUGUUAGCUAUGACAAUUCAGAACCGCGUCUUUCAAGAAAGAAAGGUGGACAUACCUCUCCUGAAACUGCUCGAUCCUCACACCACUCUGUCAAGUUUAGUAGUAGUUUUAGGAGAUGCAACCAAUGCAGAUGAAAUUGUUGAGAUAAAAGGGUCUGCAGAUGAUAGAGCAGAACAUGGGAGCUGGCUAUAGGAAUCUUCUCAUCCAGGAAUGCCCACUGAAGAAUUGUGUAGUUUUCAGCAUAACUGGACCCUUUGUAGUAUCUCAGAAUAUGUUAUUGCAAAGACAAGGUAGAACAUCUGGUUAUGCUGAAUGUAUUCUUCUGCGUUGACCUAGAAAACCCAUCACUGGUUUCUUCAGCUGUUGCACUAUAGCUUUAUUACUUUCAGUCAACAGCAUGACUUGUUCUUUUCAAUAUCUUUUACCUUUGUUUUCAGUAUUUUUAACUGGCAUUUGGUAAACUAAUACGUACACAGUUAUUUGGUAAUUUUGUAUAUGAAAGGCACAUUGCAUAUUUUUAACCAUAUUAAAAUCUUGAUGAAAAUGAUGAAUUCACCAUUCUAACUGAUGAAUGUCUAUGUAAAGUAACAUUGUAUUAUCACAAUUCUUUGUCAUUAUUAUAGUUUUAAUGUAUGAAAAAAAUUUGAUGAUUAUUAAAUAUGUAUAAAAUGAGCAUAUUUAAAACACUCUUUUAGAUGUGAAUUUAAAAGGUUUCUUUCAAAAAAAAAAAAAUCCUUUAUAUUUUCCUUAUAUUGUGUCUGCAAAAAUGUUAACAAAAAUGUCAGUACAAUAACCAUUUUUGUUAGUCCUCUUUCAUGAAAGACCAAAAAAUAAACAAGAAUAGUCCAAAAAUUCAUAAAGCAAAA